UCUUAUACCUUGUCGGACUAACAGUGCUAACGGUACUGCUGCUGGCUUUAUACAUUUUCUCCCUUCGAACGCAACGGACGUGUUUUCUUUCUAUUAAGUCUGCGAGAUCUGGAAUACUCGGCGGCAUGUUUACAAGCAACUUGGUGGCCAUCUUCCUGCUGGCGUGCUUUGGCCUAGCGCAGGCCUACCCGGCCCUGCUGCCCUACAUCUACAAUCCCUCGCAUCAAGCACACGCCGUUAAGCGCAGCGAUGCGGUCUUCCCCCAAAUCGAGGACGAUGUCGGCGAAUUGGAUCAGUUGCGGAAGGAGCAGAUGGGUGUGAGCAAGCGGAACCACGACGGCACUGCCCACACCAGCACCACCACCACCAAGGAGAGCGUUGAGGAUGGUGCCGCCCCCGAGCCCCAACAAAGUGCGAACGUGAACAUUCUGCCGGAUCUGGAGCGACAGCUGGAGGUGGCCACGCCGCUGAUAUCGACCACAACCACCACAAGUACCUCUACCACAACCACAACGGCCACAUCGAAGGAGGAGAGCGAACGGUCGCAGCUGGAGGAGCCGAAAACGGCCAUCAAGACGGUGGUCGAGCCGACGGUGCAUGCCAAGUGUAUAUCCACGAAACCACCCAAAAACCAACAGGCAUUUUACGGUGCAGCUCGUCUAGCCUUCGGCCAAAACCCGGAGGUGUUGCCAACAUCCUCGACAACAACCACAACGACAACGACAACCACGACCACUCCAGCACCACCUGAGGAACCACAGCCCGAACCGCAGCCCGAACCGCAGCCCGAACCAGAGGCGGAGGCUGAAACUGGAGCUGAAGCUGAACACAAACCCGAAGCCGAGCCUGAGCCAGAAAAUAUCGAGGCAGCCGCCGCGGAAACCGAACUGAGCGCCCUGACACCACCCAAGGUGGUCCAAGGACCACAGAGCCACGAGCACGACGUCAACAAGGAGACCAUUGGGGACAUCAUCUUCGAUGUGGUGGCCCGCACCACGGAGCGGAGAUCGAGCGCGCCGAAGAUAACGGCCAAGACGGUUCAGGGUCUACUGCGCAGUCCCAAUGGUCAGUACUCCUCCUUCGACAUGGCUCAGUAUAUAUUCUGGACGGGCGAUGAGACGGCUGUGGUCAAGGCCGUGGAGGAACUAGUCAGCGGAAGAGUGAUCACUCGAGAGAAUGCUCUGAAGUUCUUGCAGGACAUUCGUCUGGGCAUUGAGUUCCUGCAGCGUUCGUAUGCCAAUCGCAUCUUCCCCGAAGAGGUGCGCCAGAAUCAGCUGAAGCGGCAUAGUCCUCCCAUCCCCACAGUUCCCUCCACAACAUCCACAACGUCCACAACGACUACCAGUACCACGAGCACAACUACGGAGAAACCCUUCCCCGAUGUGCAUGCCCCGCUGGCAGGUGCUGGGCCAGUGAAAACCUUUGAUAGCUUCAACUUCUGGAACAAGCUAAAGGACAUGGACAAUGAGGCGCAACAAGAGCUCACGGACUAUGACGAGGGUCGUGCCAAGAUUGUGGAGUAUCUGUACAACGAGUACUCCCUGGAGGAGAUACUCUACAAGCUAGCAAAGGUAAUGUUUGCCCAGUCCCUGGCCCAUGGCUCCGAUGAGGCACAAAUGGAGCUGCAAAAGCUAACCGAAUUCCUAGAGCACGAGGGCAACCUAGGCGUCAUACCCAUCGACUUGCAGAAGAAAGUGUUAAGAGUGCUGCUCAGCGCCUUGUCGGACACAUUGACCGAGCAUCCGGAACUGCUGCCGGCAGCGCGCGUUAAUCUGGCCAAUCCGUUUUACAGGCUUCCAAUGCAUACUCCCAGUAGCCAGUAGAGCAACAAGUUAUCAGAAUAUAUAAUAUAUAAAUCUAUCUAUCUACAAAUCAAAUUAUAUAAAUGUAAACAUGCAUAAUCCACAUCAGCUAACAGCUAAACAGCAAACAGAAUUGAAGAUGCGCUCUCUCGGAAUUGCCCCCCUCCUAUGUUACGUAUUGUGUGUGUGUGUGUGUGUAGAUCGAUUGGCACUUCCAAGUUGAUUUUAAUGUAAUAUAGCAAAAGAUUAUCGUGAUAUAUAGUUUUCUCCUACGUACACACACAGCAGCGAGAGACUUGCCCAAGUUUGAGCUUUAGAAUAUUUACUGCAUUGAAAUUGAUUGCUUAUAUUUGAUAUGAGUUAGUUAGGAACAUUGAGGUUGGAGCGGUGAAUCUUCGCUUUUGGUUUUUAGUGGAAAAUGAAGCAGGAAUGGGCUCUGAGUCCGCAUAUAUCAGUAGAGCAAACAGCAGACACAAUAAUAACACUUAUUAGACGUUCCCCCCGCUCCCCCACGCAGUAAUUGAACAUUUGUGCAUUAUUAAUGGAUUGGCUAACCGAUUGAUUGUUUUGUUGUGUGUUACAUAUACGAUAUGCAAAAAACAUGUAAGAACUAGAGAAAAUGUAUCAAG